AUGGCGACGCCGGCCACCCAACCCCGGGUGCUGCCUCAGGCGCCCCUCCCGCGCCUCCCCACCACCGCGGCGGCGGCGGGUGUUGAUGCGAGGGGGUUCUCGGGCGUUUCUUCUUCGUCGCGUGGGGCGACCCAACCAGCACCGGCCCCCGCCGCCGCCUCGGCUCCCGCGAAGGGCGCGCGUCCCAUGCUGGACCUGGCCAUCCUCUGCGUGGCGCCAUCUUCUUCGCCCGCGCCGUCUGGCCCCUCCUCAUCAUCUGCGACGGCUCUGUCGUCGGUGCUGUGGCGCCUCCCGAGCGACGCCACGGACUUCACGUUUACGUUGACUGAUGCCGAGGGCCAGCGCCAGUACGGGUUCUGCCGCCGCUUCACGCCGCCGCUCCUGCCCCGCUCCCCCGGCGUCGAGGAGGCCGCCAAGGCCGGCGCCCACACCGCCUGCCUCUGCCUCCUCUCCCACCACGGGUGGUUCGGGCCGAUGGAGCAGGUGCUGGACGCCCUGUACCGCACCCUGGCGCUGGAGCGGCACCCGGCACUCCCGCAGGCGCCGACCAUGGACGACCUCCUCUCGCACGCUGGCGCCUUCGUGUCCGCCCUCCUGGCCUCCCCUCUCCCCGCCCCCGGCGAACCGUUUGCCGACUACAAGGCCAGCUGCAGCGAGUUGCUGGUCCCGCCUCCAUCGGAGCGGCUCGAACUGCUGCGACCGAUGGACAACGAGGGCACCCUGCCCAUCACCCACGGGAUGAUGAAGAGCCUGUUCUCGUCGCUCCUGGUGCUGCGGGUGCUGCUGCUGUUCACGGCCCUCCUGUCGGAGCGUCGCAUCAUCUUCCACUCCCACUCCAUCCAGAAGCUCUCCCACGCCACCCACGCCGCCUCGUCCCUCCUCUACCCCUUCUCCUGGCAGCACAUAUUCGUGCCGGUGCUGCCGCGAGGGCUGAUCAACUACUGCGAGGCGCCGAUGCCGUUCAUCGUGGGGCUGCUGUCGUCGCAGCUGCCGCUGGUCAAGAAGAUGCACCUGGAGAGCGUGGUGUUCGUGGACCUCGAUGGCAACUCGAUCAACGCCAACAUCGAGGACGCCGCCAUCCUGCCCCGCGAGCACGUCACCCUCCUCAAGCAGACCAUCGAAGACGCCCUCUACACCGACAACCGUUCGGAGCAGGUCCGGUUCAAGGUGGUCCAGCAUGCAUUCCGCGAAUUCUUCCUCUCCAUGCUCGCCGGUUACCGCCGGUACAUGGUGCCGAGCAUGGACCAGCCGCGCAGCGAGCCUGAGUUCCGGUUCGACCGAGGCGCCUUCAUCCGCAACCACCCCAAGAAGUCGGUCCGCAAGUUUCUGUCGGUGUUCUGCCACUCGCAGAUGUUCACCCAGUUCAUCUCGGAGCGCGAGGCCUGGGCCAGUCGCGGACAGCAGCCGCAGGGGCUGUUUGAGCGCGAGGUGCAGGCCUACCAGGACCUGGGCGCCCAGAGCGGCCUCGGCGGCGGCGUGUCGGGGGGCGCCGGUGGUGCCGGCGGCGGCGGCGGGAACAAGAAGGAGAAGCUGCGCACGUUCCUGAGCCAGAAGAGCGAGGAGGCCAAGGCCAAGCUCGCCGACCUCCGCGAGGAGGGCGAGAAGCGCCUCGAGAAGAUGCGCGAGGAGAAGCGCGGCGGCGCCCGCUACGAUCGCUACGACCACCACGACCAGGCGCCCACCGUAGCGAUCGGCGCGCCCUCGUUCGUCUCCCACACCAGCGGCCUGCCCCGGGGCACCACCGCCGCCACACGCGGCCCGGCCCCCGGCGCCGCGCUCACUUCCGGCGGAGGUGUGCCGGGCCGGCCCCACGGUGUCGGCCGAGCGCCGGCCGCGUUGCCCAACCCCACCGCCAAACCGCCCCCUCUACCGGCCCGCCCCGCCGGCGGCGUACAAAGCGCGCGCGACUUUUGGGAGAAUAAGGGCGGACCCGAGCAGCAGCAGGAGCCGAUGACGGCCGCCGAACGGCGGAAGACCCUCCCGCCGCUGCCCAACCGGAACGCUCUCUCCAACUCCGGAGCGGCCUCUCGCACUCCCGCCGCCGGCGCCUCCGCUCCCGAACCGACACCGGCGCCGAUGACGUCGACAGCACACGCGACACGUGGCACGCCGACGCCGACAACACACGCGACACGUGGGGCACCGACGCCGACGUCGGUGCUGGCGCCCAGCCCGACGCCCGCGGCCCUGCCGCCGAUUGCGCGGGCGCGGAUCGUGCGGCACGACCACCCGCCGUUCGAGCUGCGGGUGCCGUUCGACCUCCCGCAGCAGCCGCCGGCGGCAAUGGCGUGGGAGGCGAGAUUCGAAGAUAGUCGGCUGCAGGCCCCGUUGGGCGGCCCGCCCUAUACCACGGGCGCCCUGCACCGUCCAGGCCACCAGCACCACCCGAACCAGCACCAGCCGCAGAUGACGUCAUCGUCGAUGCCGACGGCGCCCGUGCCGGCCCGCCAUCGCGCCGGGUCGGCGUCGACCACAACGGCGGACCUGCUGCUCUUCGACGGGCUGGUGCCCGGCCAGGAGCUGCACCCGGUCCUCGCCCCGUUCUCGGCGUCAUCCUCCGCCCCCCUCGUCGCGCCCACCACGCAACAACCUUCGACGAUGGCCGGCUUCCUGCCGCCUCUCCAGCCCACCUCCCCGUCGUCGCCCGCCGCGGUCGGCUCCCCCUCCUCGUCCUUCCAUGCCGGCGGCGGCGGGGUGAUGCCCCUCACCAUGGCCGCCCCCGUGACAUCAUCGUCGUCGUCUCCGGUUUCUUCGUCGUCGUCGUCGUCGGGCGGCUACGUGUUCCCAGCGGCACCGCAGAACCUGCUCUACCACCACCACCAGCAGCACCAGCAGCCAUACGUGGGCCAGGCCGGGCCGCCCGCCUACUACCCGCCCUCGUCCUUCCCGUCGGUGCCGCCCUUCCACCAGCAGCAGCAGCAGCCCCUCUACCCGCAGCAGCCGCAGUACCACCACCAGCCGCAGCAGCAGCAACCGCAGCUGCAGGCGCCUCUGCAGCCGUUCAAGCCGCUUCAACCGACGAUGCAGGCCGGCGGCGGCCUCUACCAUCCGCAGCAGCAGCAGCAGUUCGGGGGCCACGGGCAGCAGGGCUUCCAAGGCCCCUUGCAGCCGCAGCCGCAGUGGCACCACCCCCAGCAGCCGGCGCCGGGACCAGGCGGCGCUGGACCCCGCCAGUUCGCCUGA